AUGACACUUGUUGUACCAAUUACAUCAACCUAUGCAGGUAUUUUAGGAUUAUACUAUUUAAUUCUUUCAAUAAAAGCAGCAGGAGAACGUUUCAAAUCUAGAAUUGCAAUUGGUGAUGGUACCAAUCAUUUAGUUAGAAAAAUUAUUACAGCAUGUAAAACUGGCAAUAUUGAAGAAGUUGGUAAAAUUGAUCACCAUGCUUAUGAUAACCUUUUGGUUUCAAUUAGAUCUCAAGGUAAUUUUGGAGAAUAUGCAAUUUUUAUUUUAUUAUUUUCAUUAAUUUGUGAACUUAAUGGAGUACCAGGUAAAAUUUUAAAUGGUUUACUUUUAGCAUUUACCAUUUCAAGAUUCGCUCAUGUCUCUGGUCUUCAUGCUAAAUAUUCUAAUGGUUUUGGUCGUAAAAUUGGUGUUUUUUUAACUUUCAUCUCACUUUUAUCACUCUCAGUUAUCUGUUUAUAUUAUCCAAAUCAAGAUACAAUUCUUAAUUUAAUUAACAAACAAUAA